GCCCGCUUCCCUUCCCACACUUCCCCGACGCACCAAGACAGCCCGCCCCAUGCCGUUUCGGGUCUGGGCUCCCUUGUCAUUCUCGUUUACCAUUGCUGUUUUCGUCACAAGCGUCCUCAGCAUCGAUUCGGUAAGGCAGAGCCCCUGCAACAUGAGAUCUGCGGAACCCAGAGAAACGGGUCCUGCGUAUACACGGCUCGAUUUGCUGGCCAAAGCCCUGUUGUCAAUCUCCCCCCUCUUGUCUGGCACGUCUGGGUGCGUGCAGUGUGCGCGGUAAAGAAAACAUGGUGAAAAUGAUCCCCAGGGCAGGCAGCUUGGGUCCCUGGCUAG